AUGACUGAAGUCCUUCACUUUCCGUCAUCUCCAAGCGCUUCUUCUCCCUCUUCUUCCUCACCCUCUUCCUCUGCCUCCCGCUCCAAUGCCACUCUCCUGAUUACCUCUGACCAUCGGCAAAGGAACCCAGUUUCCGGAUUCGCGCAAGAUGUUGACUUUCAGGACUCAAUCGAACCACAGCACCAGCUCCAAGAUUUGAGACGGAGCGCCGAUGGAGAAGACGACGGCGGAGAAGAUCAGCUCUCGCUGCUGGCUCUUCUUGUCGCCAUUUUCAGGAGAUCUCUGAUUUCUUGCACGAGCAGUCGGAGGGAGCUCUGCAGCAUGGAGAUCGGAUGGCCUACCAAUGUCCGCCACGUGGCCCACGUCACUUUCGAUCGCUUCAAUGGCUUCUUGGGUUUGCCCGUCGAGUUCGAGCCCGAGGUUCCCAGAAGAGCUCCAAGCGCCAGUGCAACAGUCUUUGGGGUAUCAACCGAAUCAAUGCAAUUAUCAUAUGACUCUAGAGGCAAUUGUGUACCAACCAUACUCGUGCUGAUGCAAAACUGUUUAUACAGUCAAGGAGGCUUGCAGGCAGAGGGAAUUUUCAGACUCACUGCUGAGAACAGUGAGGAAGAAGCAGUUAGGGAGCAACUAAACCGAGGAAUAAUACCUGAGAGAAUCGAUGUUCACUGUUUGGCAGGGCUUAUCAAGGCAUGGUUUAGAGAACUCCCUACAAGCGUUCUUGAUUCGCUGUCCCCCGAGCAAGUGAUGCAGUGCCAAACGGAAGAGGAAUACAUGGAGCUCGUUAGGCUUCUUCCACCUACAGAAGCUUCUCUGCUUGAUUGGGCCAUCAAUCUAAUGGCUGAUGUUGUACAUUAUGAGCAUCUCAACAAGAUGAAUUCACGCAACAUCGCUAUGGUUUUUGCACCUAAUAUGACACAGAUGGAUGAUCCAUUGACAGCGCUGAUGUAUGCGGUUCAAGUGAUGAACUUCCUCAAGACACUAAUCGAGAAAACACUAAGGGAAAGGCAAGAUACAGUAAUAGAGGAAGCUCAUGUGUUCCCUUUAGAACCUUCUGAUGAGAGCGGUCACCAAAGCCCUUCACAGUCUUUGGCUAUUGAGCAGAGUGAAGAGACGCAAUCAGACUACAUUGAAAAUGCAGAAAGUCAGAGUUUAAGCAGUGAGAUAUCAGAAGAAUCAACAACACCUGAGAACAAUGCCAGGAACAGGCGAGUAAGUGGCUCGGGUCAGAUAGAUUUAGAGAGAAAAAGUGGUGUGGAGAUGCUGGCUCUGCAGGCUCCUUCGGCUCAGUGGCCUUUGGGGAGAGCAAAAGGAUUGACCAACUUGAGCCGUGUAGGUUCGAGGGUGGAGCGUACUGAAGCUUGGCGGUGA